AUGAUUGUGGCUAAUAGUUAUGUUAAACAGAGUUAUGAUGAAUUUGCAAUGAUUCGACGAAUUUUACUUCCGAUCCUUGCUUGUUUUCUUCUUGUCAACGAUGUUCAAACAUCAUCAAUUACAAAUCGCGGCCAAGAAGCAUUUCAAUUAAUUAAAGAAACAAAAGAAAAAGUAAAACACGGCAUACAAUGUAUCUCGCCAUCGAAAUAUUAUGCUGGUUCAUGUUAUACAUAUAUGAAGGCAGAGCCUGCAUCGUCCUGGGAACGAGCUUAUAACAAUUGUUUAACAUUACCUUCGACAAGAGAUGCUCGUUUACUAGCGAUUGAAUCGAUCGAUGAGUAUGAAUUCAUCGAGCGCGAACUGAUUGGAUUAAAAUCAGGAUCGGACAGUGUCUCUGUGUAUGUUGGCCUACGGAAAAUGAAUAAUACUUGGUUUUGGUCCAACGACAUACCAUUGAAAGAAACGCCAGUGUAUAGAUUCUGGGUGGAUAAUAAUCGAGAUAUUCUUGCUUACGAUUGUGGUAUUCUCUGGCUAGCGAGAAAUACGAGUGUGAUUACUCCAGCACCGUGUGUUGAACAAGCUUUACGACCUUAUGUUUGCAAACAAGUCAUUGAUCGAUGUUACAAUAAUACCAGUAGUUGUGGUAAAUAUGGCAAAUGUAUUAAUUUACCAUGGACGAACUCGUACAAAUGUCAGUGUCGAUUUCUUUAUACAGGAGAUCAAUGCGAAAAGUGGAGUAGCCAAGGUGUACAAAUCAUCAUUGGUAUUGUGAUCGUUUUCGUUGCUUUUAUUGUUUCAUAUGUAAUCAAUACUGAUCGUUCGGAAGAAUCGUGGUUCUUUCGAAAAACUCUUCGUCAACAAUGUCCAGCUAGUGCUCAAAAUUCUAUGAGAAGCUCAUCGAAGUUCGAUGAUAAACAUCGAUGGUCGACGUCAAAUGAUUCCACAUAUCGUUCGUCAUGUUCUUUAACCGUUCGCAAACUUUUUAUUCGACCAAAAAAAUUGCUUCUCAUUCUCUUUCCAUUAACAUUAACAAUCAUUAUCGUUGUAAUUAUCAUCAAUGCGAAAGAUUACGUUCAAGAAACGCUCAUUCAUUCGACUGAAUUGUUUCAAUUCUGUAUUUUAUAUGACAAUAAUUAUUAUCAUAACUUGUUAACACUGCCACUUGCUUCAGUGAUCAUUUUGUUCAUUAUAGUUAAUCAAACACGAAAACAGUCGACGAAAGGUAAAUGGUCUGUUUACGUUCCAUUGCCGUUCAAUCCAUUUUCGAAAUUAAAUCGUUUCGAUACCGUGGUUCUCUGUGGUAUUGUCAGCCAUGAAAUCUUGGAAAUAAUCGAAGAAGUAUUUCUCAAAACGGCACAAAUGAAACUCUUAACAAUCAACGGUCCAUUGUUUGAUCUCGUCCGACAAUUCGGUUUGAUUAUCAUUGUCGGUCUACGGUAUUAUCCUGUUUAUUCAGUUAUUGAAAUGACUAAUGGAAAUACUCUUUACUAUGCUCUAUGUGCGCUGCAUAUGUGGUUAGAUUUAGGUUUACGAAUCUUUGAACAAGCAUUCUGCAUGAAUAUGAGCCCAUUGAUACGAACAUGGCAGAAAUUCGAACAGUUCAAGAGCGAACUGACAGCAAAAUACGAGCAGAAUCUAUUGAUGAGUAGCACAACACCAUCGAUGUAUUUACCGGAAUAUGAAGAUGCUCGAUCUGGCGGAUUUCGAAGACGAAUGCAAAGAUUCCGUGAACGUUUCUCGUUCCACGGAACAAAAACAUCAACAUCAAUAACAACAACAACAACAGUCGUGGCAGCAUUUCAUCCAUUAUCCACCCCAAUGCCUCCACAUUCGUUAAAUUGGUCGUCCAUUAACUUAAAUCUUUCGACGUCCCUCCAUUCAAACGAUUCUCUUUCGACAUUCGAACAAUUUGGGCUUGACUCUUCUAUCGUCGGUGUAAUUAAAUACGCUCCAUACUAUUUAUGUUUAACGUAUAUUUGUUGUCGAUUGACUUAUCUACUAAUUGAAAAUCUAUACGAAUUCGUUUCUUGUUGUAACAAUGAAACAAAUUCGAGGAAGAAGUCGUCAAAACACAUUUAUCACGAACCGACAUUUUCCUCGGAAGAAAAUCAAGCAGUUGAAUUUCGUUAUGUUCGACAUCUCUUUCAAACUCCCUACAAGCACUGCCAACCCUCCUGGAUCAAAUCUCUCCUCCAUAAAUUCUACUGUCCGAAGAAACACUUUCAAUAUUCCAAGCAAAUCCUCAAUCUCUACAUGAUUGCCUUCAUGCUAAUCUAUUACUUGACUUUCAACAUCCUAGAAAACGGUUUUAAUCUCAUUGAAAAGAUCUACAGUUUUACAUUGAUGCCAUUGUACAUCCUCUACGAUGAACUCGAUCUUCCCGAACCCAAACUAUCCAAUCUGAAAUACGAAAUGCUGUUUGCUUGUUGUUUAACAUCCCUCAUAUACUUCGGUCAACUAUGCCUCGGAAUGAAACAUUAUCAACGACAUAUGCUGCACGCCUAUCAAGGAAUAUUUGUGGAUAUUCCUUCGCGAUCAGCAUUCAAGAAUAUGAGACUUAUGUCGAAAAACAUUCAUUAUCCGGGCUAUUGUAUCGCUUAUUUAACAUUUGGAUAUGUUAUUAUUGGAAAUCUAUUGUUCUUUACGUUGGUGAUUCUACGUGUUAUGUGUAAACAUUUAUUUCUCGUUGAAGAAAUAGCAAAAGUAUUAAUACCUUUGUUAGUUAUUUAUCUCAUGGUAUUUAUCGUUCAAUGGUUUCUAUCGAAAACCUUGUUUUUGCAAAGACAUGGAAAUGGAAUAGUAUUGAAAAAUCUGCGAAUAUUCUUCCUGUUUACUUAUUUCAACUUCUUCUUCGACUGUUUUCUCGGCAUGAUUUCUUGCACAAUUCGUUUAAUUAAAGGCUGGUUAGCAACAUUUCUCUUUCUUCCUCGUUUGGAUUAUUGCAUUCUCGGCCGAGCAUUGGAGAAAAUGGACAGUGGCUAUAUUUCCUACGUCUCAUUCAUCCAUAUGGAAUGUCUUCACACCCAUCCAGUUCUCGUUUGUUUCUGUUCGAUUGUUAACGAACAAAUCGAACAACGUCAUCAGUAUUUACGAGCAUCCAAACGCGAUGCUUAUUUCUAUACAAAUCAUCAGCGAAUCAACUUUCGCUGGUGGUUAGCAAUAACAUUGAGUCGAAAUAUGCAAUUUAUCCAACUACGAAAACAUUAUAUAAUGCCUUUACAUUUAUCGACCGUGGAAAGUUUUCUCAAUCAUACGAUGUUGAGAAAAAGUCAAGAAAGAAUGGACUCCAAUGUGAUCAUUCGACAUCAUACAACAACUUGUACGACUCUUUUACUCGAUGUUGAAGAACAAGAGGAGCGAAAACCGUCAUUCUGA